UCUUUGUUAAUUAUAAUAUUGCUUCAGAUACUUCGUAUUUAUCCUUUAAAAGAUUCCGACCAAACGGCUAAUUCCUUCUUCGCCGAAUUAGUAGUCGACGCUGAUCCAAAUAAUUGUGAGAACGCAUAUGCUUACAUUACUGAUUUGAGUGCAUAUGGUUUAGUAGUCUACAGUUGGGCUGAUAACGACUCGUGGCGUAUAACGCACAACUUCUUCCACUUCGAUCCUCUGAACGGAGACUUUAAUGUCAGUGGACACAACUUCCAGUGGACAGACGGAGUAUUUGGGCUGUCUCUGUCCGAACCGCAACCGGAUGGCUAUAAAACUUUGUACUUCCAUGCAAUGUCUGGUAUUACUGAGUUCGCGGUAUCAACUGAGGUUUUGCAGGAUAAAACGUUAAAGAAGUCUGCCGAUUAUUAUGCUUUCCGCGUCGUGGGUAACAAAGGCCCGAAAACUCAAGGCCCGACUUCAUUGAUCGAUGCGAGAACUGGUAUCAAUUAUUUUAUUCAAGUGAACAAAAACGGCAUCGCCUGUUGGGACACCAGUGUUGCAUUGAGUCCAGAUACCUUCGGUAAGAAAUAAUUAAUAUUUCAAAAU